CAUGCACUAUUCGAGAUCAGCAUUCUCAUACAAAUGUCGCUGCUAACAAAGCAGCGAGAACCACGACAAAUGCAAUCUCGAAUGGUCCUUAUAUCAACACACAAUUAAGUACUGCAUUGCUAGACCACACAAGUUCUUCCCUCAUUAAAAGGAACGAGGCAGCAAGAGCACGUCUCAGAAGGAGAUAUAUUCUAGAUGAAAGAAGGAGAGGUUUCCGUACAAACAAGAGCGUCGAAGGUUCUUCACAAGAUGUAGAUACCAAAGGCAAAAAAAGUGUAGGGACAUCAAACGAAAGUGGGCUGCCAAACUAUGCAGAGUACUGUUAUACUCCUGCCCUUCACACAAGUGUCGAUGCAAAUACCAUGGACACUUCAGCAGGCCAUUACCUUCCACUCUCUAACAUCACAAAAAUCAUAUUAAACGGAAGUGGGAGCAACCAAACAGCCAAAGGGGAUGCGACUAAAGAAUCACAUUCCAAAAGAAGAUCUUCUUUACAAGAAAAACAUGGAUACCAAUUUCAAAGUGGAGCAUGCACUAUUCGAGAUCAGCAUUCUCAUACAAAUGUCGCUGCUAACAAACAAGCGGGAACCUCAACAAAUGCAAUCUCGAGUGGCCCUUACUUCAACACACAAUUAAGUGUGCUCCAAAAUCAACCAAAGAGAAAAAGAAUAGCCACCAAUUUGGAUUCUUUGGGUGUGAAUCUAUUGACCAAAUUUUCAGAGGAUGCUCUUAUGUUUGACAAUGAAGUUGAUGGGCAUAAUCCUUGCAAAACAAUUUCACCAUCAUCAGCUCAAGGCACAUGUUACACGAACCAAACUCAAGCAUUAAAUUCAAAUCAAAGUGUGAGCAUACAUGAAACAUAUGAUCCACAAGUAAAUCAAGAAAUUGAUUCUGAUAGUGAUAUUGAUCAAUUCGAAGGUUUAGCUCCCGAUGAUGACAUCAGUUCAAGUGAAGAGUUACCCGAUACUCAUGAAAACACUACAGAAUUUAAUUUGGGUCAAGGUAUUAAUUAAAUAAUUUAAUAUAAUUUAACUCAUACUAACCACUGUGUAAUAUUUAUAUUAAAUUUAAAUUCUUUCUAGGAUACUUUGAUAUUGGAGAUCCACUUAUUCAGUGCGACAAAUGCAAGGCAUGCAUGUGGUAUCAAGAAAGAACUGACAAACAUAGAGACACUGUGUCACCAAAGUAUAAUCUUUGUUGUAGAAAGGGAAAAGUUCAAUUGCCACUGCUUAAGGAUCCCCCUAUGCUUCUCCAGCAUCUUUUAUUUGAUAACGAUGUUGAUAGCAAAAACUAUCAACAACAUAUUAGAGUGUACAAUAUGAUGUUUGCAUUCACAUCGCCUGGUGCAAGAAUUGACAAGUCCGUCAACGAUGGUCGAGGCCCGCCGACAUUCAAAAUACAGGGCCAAACAUGCCAUCGAGUGGGAAGCAUGUUACCUAUGCCAGGUCAACAUCCAAAGUUUGCUCAGUUAUACAUAUAUGAUACUGAGCAUGAGAUAGAAAACAGGAUUCGAGGAAUAAGAAAUCGAAAUGACAUAAAUGAAGAGAUUGUGUGCAAAUUAUCAGCGAUGCUACACCAAUACAAUGUGCACGCAAAAUCAUUUAGGAUGGCUAAGGAAAGAUUGCAAGAUGCACCUGUGCGAGAUCUACGACUAAAGUUGAUUUCUGACAGAGUUAGCGAUGGUCGAGUAUAUAAUCUGCCAACGGUUUCAGAAGUUGCUGCUCUUAUUGUUGGAGAUGUUAACACUUCAUCAAAAAGGGACAUAAUAAUGGAGACGCGAAGUCGUACACUUCAGCGAAUCAGUGAAUUGCAUACUAGCUAUUUGAGUUAUCAAUAUCCUCUUUUAUUUCCUUAUGGUGAGGAUGGAUAUAGGCAUGACGUGCUUCAUAGAGAUACAGGUAAUUCUAAUAGUUCUAAAAGAAACCGUCUUACCAUAAGGGAGUGGCUUUGUUUUAGACU